CCAUCAACUGCUUCUGGCAACACAUUCAUAUUACUUUCGGUUGAACAUCUUCCUAAUCUCAACUUCACAAACAUUUGCUACAUAGAUACGCUGUCCUUGAGCGCCAACAACGGCAAUACCCGCGACAUAGUCCCCUCCGAACGUCACACCUCCCAAGGACAACCUGGUGUAGGGUAGAUGCGUCCUUCCGAGGGCAACUCUACCGACAGUACUUCCGAUCGCCCUGUACCAGGAAAACGAAGAAUCGCGGACACUCUCGGAACCGGAGUAGCUACGGCUGCAUCCAUGCCAGGCGGAGAUAAACCAGGCUCACGGUCAGAGGCCAAACGACAGAGGACGAUCGAGUCGACAAUUGCCGGGCAUCCGAAAGGAAAGAUGUCGGAAACAAUUGGCCUCGUGGCUCCCUCCAAUGUUGAUUUCCGUCGAACUGUUGGAUUCCAGCCGCAAUCAGGAGUCAGGAAACUGGUGGUCAAGAAUCUGAGACCGAGCAGGGUUGCGGACCUUCGCGAGCAUUAUGGAAAGGUUCAGGUCCAAGUCCUGGACGCUGUGACGGCGAUACUGAAGGCUCAGCAACCACGACAGCCGCUGGAACGUUUAUAUCGUGAUGUGGAAGAUAUAUGCAGGAACAACCAAGCUGAAGGUCUAUAUAAGGAGCUUCGCCACCGAACUAGCGAUUAUCUUGCAUCCAGUGUCCUGGGAAGCCUCCAGAAGGCAGAUAACGGCAAUGACCCGCUGCAAUUUCUCGAGGCGCUGUUGGAUGCGUGGAAGGAUUGGAAUGCAAAGGCUAUGCGUAUACGAGCCGUUUUUGGAUUCCUCGACCGCUCAUUUCUGCUCAAUUCUAAGGAAUAUCCGCAACUAAACGACAUGUCGAUCCAGCAAUUCCGAUCCGUGAUACUGGAGAACCCUGCUAUUGACGGGCAGGUCUACGACGCAACGAACAAAAUGAUUGAUAAUGAUAGAAAGCACCGAGGGCAAGACUCGGCCCGGUGGUUCAAAUCUACUUUGUUCAAGGAUAUCAUAAUGAUGUUGCUUAUUACGAAUCUUUAUAAAGCACGGUUUGAGCCGAAGUUUCUCGAAUAUUCGCGGCAGUUUUUCUCGGAAUUUGCGCUGAUCGACGCUGAUCUAAAAAAUAUGAUAUCUCAGUGUGUCAAGUUACUAGAAAAAGAAGGAGCGCGGUGCGAUAUACACAACUUGGAUAGUGGAACGAAACGAGAGUUGCUAUCAGAUGCGCAAGAUAUCUUAAUCAGAGACCGCUCCGAGUUCCUACUUGAUGUUCACGCAGUGGGUUCGUUACUAGAAGCUCGCGAUAUCGAGUCAUUAAAGUCGUUAUACGGACUAUUGAAGGGCUCCGAGAUCCAAGAUAAGCUGAAGACACCAUGGGAAGAAUAUAUAAAGAAGGCAGGUGCUACUAUUGUCAGUGAUCAAGGAAAAGGAGAUGAUAUGGUGGUUCGUCUACUCGAACUGAAGAGAUCACUGGACCUCAUCACCCGAGACGCGUUCAACAAGGACGAGAUCUUCAAGUUUUCCAUGCGAGAGGCUUACAGCACGUUUAUCAAUGACCGGAAAAGCGCAACGGUUUGGGGAACGGGGAACUCGAAAGUCGGCGAGGUCAUCGCGAAAUAUAUCGACUUACUCCUACGUGGUGGUCUUAAGGCUGUUCCUCGCUCCUUGGCGUCAGACGAAUUGGACCGGAUAGAUGCUGAAAAGCAGGGCUUGGCAAGCACUGGCGAUGAAGAUGCCGAGCUUGACCGGCAGUUGGAACAAGGCCUUGAGCUCUUUCGAUUCAUUGAAGGCAAAGACGUGUUUGAGGCAUUCUAUAAGAAAGACCUGGCCCGUCGUCUAUUAAUGGCGAGGAGCGCGAGCCAAGAUGCCGAGCGGAACAUGCUCACAAAACUAAAAAGCGAAUGUGGCUCAAAUUUUACCCAUAAUUUAGAGCAGAUGUUCAAAGACCAAGAGCUGUCGCGGGAUGAGAUGAUAUCGUACAAGCAAUCCUUGAGCAACACCAGCAAGACAACCAUGGACUUGCAAGUCAGCGUCCUCUCCGCCGCAGCUUGGCCAACCUACCCAGAUAUUGCCAUUAAUCUCCCCGCCGAAGUCGCACGCCACAUCGAGAAAUUCGAUCGCCACUACAAGAACAAGCAUACCGGGCGCAGGCUAACGUGGAAGCACUCCUUGGCGCACAGUAUAGUGAAAGGUCACUUCAAGAAAGGCGUCAAGGAGCUGCAAGUGUCCGGCUUCCAGGCCGUCAUCCUCGUCCUCUUCAACGACCUUGCCGACGAUGAGGCGCUCUCAUACACCGCCCUCCAAGCUAGCACGGGCCUCGUUGAUGCCGAACUCACGCGCACCAUGCAGUCUCUCGCCUGCGGCAAAGUGCGGAUCCUAACGAAGCAUCCCAAGGGCCGAGAAGUGGCGAAGACAGACACAUUUACCGUCAACUUGGCGUUCACAGACCCGAAGUUUAGGAUCAAGAUCAACCAGAUCCAGCUCAAGGAGACGACAGCAGAGAACAAGGAGACCCACGAGCGCGUGGCGCUAGAUAGGCAGUAUGAGACGCAGGCGGCAAUUGUGCGGAUCAUGAAGAGCCGGAAGGUGUUGCCGCAUCAAUCGCUUGUGGCGGAGGUGAUUGAACAGACGAAGAUGAGGGGCGCUGUUGAGGUGGGGGAGAUUAAAAAGAACAUUGAGAAACUUAUUGAGAAGGAUUAUAUUGAGAGAGAUGAGGGUAAUUACACGUACUUGGCUUGAUCGCCGGGUAUUUGGACCUCUGUUGGCGGCGCUUAGGUGAACUGGAAAAUUAUGAAUUUUGCAUGAUAAACGAGACACGGGUAGUGAUAGAAGAAUAGAUAAACUGGUACAAAAGGUGUCGACUGGUGGUCUGCACUUGAUACGUGUGGCACCAGCUGACCUUACCUUGAUCGGUGCUGUUGUUUUUCCCAUAUGAAAAGGAGGGAGAAUUUAGUUUGAAUAAUACACAAUAUGAGGCACUCUAAAGUCAUAAUUAUCUACCAAUACUCGUGCGGCCCAAAUGUCUGAAAGGGAUUGCCUGUGGCUUAGGAAUGACACUGGCAAUUUAAGCAGAUAGAAUAGUUUUUUUAGACUCUACUUCUAGGCAUC